AUGGAUUCCCUCUAUAUAGACUCGAGUACAGAACACUCACGUCAGUCCAGGUCUAGAGCCAACAGUCACCUGUCAUCCACCGCCCUCCAGCUCCAAGGCCUGAACAUCUUUGAGUCUCCCGUCUCGACACCCCAACUGGGCCCAGUAGAUAUUCCACGGACCUCUCAGCCAGCUUACUCUGAUCACAACACCAAGCCAUCAGUUCCUUCUACGCUCUUCUCUCCAGUGCCUCAAGGACUCACUCCGUUCCCGCUCCUCUCGGACAUUGAUUUUGAUGCCGAUUGGGCUCAACUCGACUCAGGAGGACAAUCAGGAGCAACACCAUCCCUCGUACUAGAUCCUGCUCAGUCAUCUCUUGGCCACCACGCCUUGCCUCUCCGUUCGAAUUCUUUCCCAGCAAAUAUGAGUACUAUCGGGAUUCAACAGUAUGAUGCCCGAUUCGAGGGUGGCAUUCACUUGACGCAUCCAGAUUUUGAGAUGAACGAGCAGUUUAUGCCUCACAUCCCAAGCCCGCCUUUGAAUCCUUCCAUGCUCUCAGCAUAUGACGACAAGAAUCUGAUGCCUAUCUACGCUCGUUCCCUCACAUCCAGCCCGCCCCGAGGAACCCUCAGCCCCGAGCAGAGGGAGUUAAAGCGACAGCGUGAUCACGCACGGAGAGAUUCCAAGACCCGUGUGAGAAGAGAACGCUCGGUCAGCAAUCCCUAUGUGGUCUCUCAUACAGCUUCACCAGAUCUUAUCCCACGCACUCUUGGGGAAUAUCCCAGCAGCCUUACUCCCAGCCUCACUUCUGGAAGUUUGACUCCCUCCCCGCUACUUUCUCAAGGCCCCAUUUCACAGGGACCACAGCCAUCUCCUUCUCUCAGCACCUCGUCUUACCUUACUCCGUAUUCACCGCAAAUCGUCGAAUCAGGAGCUCCUGAUAUGUAUGGGCCAGUGUUUGCAAUGAGCCCCAAUGAUUUCACGCACUCACCCACAUUUUCCUCCAUGCCAUACUCAACGGCGGGACAAGAUUCGGGCCUUCCGACCUAUGUAUCACGGCCGCAUUCGCUCUCAUCAGCUUCGGACCAGCCACACAUGUACACACACCAACCCAGUCAAAAAGUAGGCUCCACCGACUCUGCCGAUCACGUCCGGGUCGUCCAUAGCCGCCCCAAGCCCCAAUGCUGGGAGCACGGGUGUAACGGACGACAGUUUUCUACAUUUAGCAACCUCUUACGGCAUCAACGAGAGAAGUCGGGCGCUGCAACAAAAUCCAGCUGUCCAAAUUGUGGUGCGGAAUUCACCAGGACUACGGCGCGAAACGGGCACAUGGCACACGAGAAGUGCAAGCAACGGCGAAACUCAUAG